CAGCCUGCUCACUGGGGAGCCUAUAUAAGCUCCGGCAGCUGUCAGGUGGACGACACUUGCCGCUUUGCGCUGGUGGACGUCGUUCCGUGGGGGAUUGCAGCUCCAAAUAGAUCCGAACCGUGACCAUGACUCAUGCGUGGGGAUACGCAGCAGAUAACGGACCAUGCAAAUGGGCUGAUAACUUUCCGAUUGCCAACGGGCCGCGCCAGUCUCCCGUCGACAUCAUACCUGGUGACGCGCGUUACGACGCGUCGCUGCAGCCGCUCCGCCUGCAGUACGACCCGAAAACGGCCUUAGAAAUCCUCAACAACGGACAUUCCUUCCAAGUGACCUUCGAAGAUGACAACAACAGCUCAACUCUGACAAAGGGACCGAUCUCAGGGACCUACAGGCUCAAACAGUUCCACUUCCACUGGGGCGCAUGUGAUGACAAAGGCUCUGAGCACACUGUGGACGGGACCAUGUAUCCCUGUGAGCUCCACCUGGUGCACUGGAACACUAAAUAUUCCAGUUUCGGUGAAGCUGCCAGCCAGCCUGACGGACUCGCUGUGGUUGGGGUUUUCCUGCAGAUCGGCGAUCACAACGUCGCUCUUCAAAAGGUUAUUGACGCCUUUGCUGCCAUAAAGUACAAAGGAUGUCAGACCACCUUUAUGGAUUUCAAUCCGGCCACUUUGCUCCCUAAAUGUCUGGAUUACUGGACAUACGAUGGCUCUCUGACCACGCCCCCUCUGCUGGAGAGCGUCACCUGGAUUGUGUGCAAGCAGCCUAUCAGCGUGAGCUUGGAGCAGAUGGCCAAAUUCCGCAGCCUGUGCUUCUCCGCCAAGGGAGAGGCUGAAUGCUGCAUGGUGGACAACUACCGGCCCCCUCAGCCACUCAAGGGUCGCGCCGUCCGUGCAUCCUUCAAGUGAAGCCUCCAUCAGCCCAAAUACCAACCCCAACCACCAAAACCCCUCCUUCCUCUUUGCGCAUUGAGCCCGAGGAGGAAGGACAUGUAUCUUUUAUCUGUCCAACUUUAAAAGGAUUUCCUGCAGUCUUAUUGUGAGAUGGAGCUCUUGCAGCAUCCCACAGAUGUGAAAAAAAAAUCAAAUAAAUCCAGCAACUAUGUCCUGAUAAGCACAGUCUCUGCAAUACCCUAACUGGGAUUUUUGUAUCCAAUGCCAAUGCAACAGACACUGUCAAAACUUGAAGAGGAAUAUAUCAAAAUAUAUUUGAAAAGGGUGCUAAAGCAUGAGCAGGGCCAUCUGUGAGGAGGUUUAGGUGCAGAUAAAGCUGCACACACCCUGUCAGUCUGCCUGCUGUAAUCUCUGAGUGACUGUGCAUCAUUGCAGCUUAAUGAAACCCUGCAGCCGCCUCCAUCCCAAAUGAGUGAGUCAGAAAAUCCCCCCUCUGGUAUACACACACACACGCGCGCACGCACCAUGCCUGUCAGCACUGACCUGAUUAUUGACAGCCUGCUCGCCAUGCUAGUUAAAGAAAUCCAUUGCGACACCGUCUCAUUUUCCGAUUUGUGCACCCUAAUCCUUCAUGUCCUCUCAUAGGCAUUAUGUCUUUAAACCUAUGCACCUAUUCAAAAUAAAUAUAAAUCUAAAGUAUUUCCCGAAUUCUGUUUUAUAACCAAAGCCUCUGUUUCCUUCAACAAUUUUUUGUUUUAUGUCAUUCCAUCCUAAAUAUAACAUAUGUUAGAACUCUGUAAUUUGUUAUUUUAUAACACAUUGUGCCCUCUGCUAAUUCUUCAAAUGCAAAGUUGCCUUGAGGGCGGCGCCAGAGAGCCAAGAAAGAAAUAAUGUUGCCAUUUAUAAUGUAUAAGAAUAAAUGUCAGAUCCUGCUCAGAAAAAAAACUACUCUUACUGAUUCAGGAUCCUUCAUGUUUUCCUUGUCAGCCGUUCUAAAAUGAAAGUUUGAUAUAAUUGAAGUACUGACAAAGUACGUAUAAUAAUUGUAAUUUUCGCCUUAUGCCAAACAUCGAGAAAUAUGUUGUUCUAUUAUGGAAAUGCACAUAUUGACUAUUAAAUAAAUAUAUUUUAUGGCUAAUAUU